AUGCUCUCACGGAAUCGCACACUUACAGGCUGCGGAACCUGCCGCCAUCGUCAUGUAAAGCGUGACGAAGCGAGCCCUGUUUGCGAGAACUGCCAACAACAAGGCCUGGCAUGUCUCGGCUAUGAGCGUCAGCUAGUCUGGGCGAGUCAUGAUGGAGACCGAGUUUUUCGCCGGCCCCUAUUUUCCAAGUCCAACCAACUGAGGAUGACACAACUGAUGACAGAAAGUCUUGGAAAGCAGUCCGCAAGUGCUGCCUUGUCACAACUGGAAAAUGAAUACGAUAGCGACGUACGCUUGGAAGGCGAUUUAUUUCGAGGCCCUUUCGGUAUUCUGGUGUUGUCGACCAACGAGUUUGCAGAUAAUAACCAAGCUGAGCCGCAAUCCGACCAAUUGGAUCGCAACCCGUUGGAAUGGGAUGACCUCUGGCCUGCUAUUACAGAUGAUACUGCCAUAUUUGAUGGGCUACAUAAUGUGCCCAGUGGCUCAUGUGAUGUCAUUAUACCGGAGCCCUUUCUGGAUAUUGAUACUUUGACGAGUGGUGCUCAGUCUCUCCUUCGUCCGUUAAUAGACCCGCAUUCUGACGAGGUCACACACCAGUCCCCCUCUUCGUCUCUAACACCAGUCUUUCCAUCCUUUGACGUUUCUUCAGGACGCCCAAUCAUACCUCCUGAGACUGCUGACCUGAUGCGUUACUUCAAAGAGAAUGUAAUUUCGCUCUCAUUUCCUUUGAGGAACUGCCGGUAUUGUCCCUGGCAGCCAGUGCAAUGA